AUGGCUAUCGAACCAAAUCGUACGAAAGCCUUCGAAGUGAUCGUGAAACAGAUCGAUGUCCUCGCCGAAAAGAAACGACCCAACACGAAGCCAGCCCAGUUGAAAUUUGUGCAAGGGCUCAUCGCAAAGUACGAUCUUUUGAUCGCCACUGCUGCCGGCAAGGUCACAGACGAUGGCAAGAAGCCAGCUCGUAAGGACGUGGUGACUCCCGAUCCCGAAAAGUUGAGGGAUCUGUUCAUGGCAUACUGUGCUCGAUCUGAAGAGGGACUGUCGGGCAACGAUGUCUUUCUUUUGGGAUCUGCCGCCCUACCCGACAAUGCACUGAGAAAGAUCAAUUUCACGCGAGGCCGAAAAUCCGCAGCUGCUCGCAAGGUUGUCAAUGCUGCCACGACCGCCUCUGCCACCACCUCUAAGCACGGUCCGAAAGCUCCCGGUCCGGAAGCUACUGGCGUUGAAGCCACAGUCGCAUCAGCCGAUGGUGAAGGCGAAGAUGCUACCACUUCGCUGGUGAAGCCAGAGUCGCAGCUGGCCGAUGCUCUCCCGAGGCAAAAGACGACCAUACACAUCAAGAAGCAGCGAGAAGUGGAUCAGCGGAAACUCGCCACCCCACCCCUUCCUACUCCGUCGGACCUCGCUACUUCGCCAGACUCCUCAACGCUACAAGCUGUCCCUACUUUGCCGGUCGUUUCCACUCCUCCGUCUACCUCUACUCCUCAACUCACCUUCACUUCGCCAACCGCAUCAGCGUCUCCGCAGAUUGAGACUCCUCCCAAGCGUCAACUCGAGGAUCCAACACCAGAGCAGAGCCCAUCAAAGAGGCCAAAUAACGGCAAGCAGCGUGCAGUCGAGCCCUCCACUGGACCUGCUCCGCCUAGCAGAACAUUCAGAUCAUACCCCUGGAACGCUCCCAUCAUCGACGACCCGGACACCAGAAUGGAUAAUGUCUAUCGCCACAUCGAGAACGCCAUAUGGAUCCUCUUCAAACAUUACCAAAUGGACGCUAACGGUUCCAUGGCCCUUCCUCCGGCGAACCCCAGCCACAGCCUCGAAAUUCUCUACGAGCUCGCCAUCGGCCGAGCAGGCCAGUCAUGGGCGUCCAACGCCAAGGAACGUUUUAUCGCCGGAGAUCUUCAAGCAUUCUUCUUUCAGUCAGUCCUGGGCGCUGGCGUAUACAAAGAAAUCUUUUCCAAGCCUGUGCCGUGGAAGACACCGCGUCAAAUCCUCGAACACGACGAAUUCUACACAGCGGCAGCGUCGGAAUUGUAUGAUUACUAUGCUGUCAACGAACGAACGUCCUUGGCAGGGAUCAUUUUCAACGCCGGCGCCAACAUGAUCCGGCGUGGAGGUGCUCCGCAAGAUGGAGAAAAGGGAUUUCAUGAGCACGUUGUCGAUCCGCUGGCGAGCAGAAUCAGCCUGGGACUGUUUACCAUCCUUCGCGAACUCUUUCAACCGCAAAUCGACAGUCCCCGACCAACAGACGACCUGGAGAAAGAUCGAACGGCAUGGACUCGCGCUGGAGACCUUCUGACCGUUUCCUGCAAAGAAGCGCUGAUGCUACGAGGCUUAUACGAGACCGUUCCCGUUGAUGUCGACAUCACAUGGGUGCAGCCUGGCACACGUUUCCAUAUCCCGACAAUGAAGUCGGAGUGGGGCUGGCGGCCGGGACAUCCAGGUGUGGAGGAGCCGUUUGAGGUUACAAUGAGCUUGAUGCCGAGAGUGACUUCCGAGCCGGGUCAGCAGUGGGACAAGAAGGGUUCGUGUUGGUUGAAGGCCAAGGUUGGAAUCAGACCUCUGAACAAGGUGCCGCCGACGAAGAAAGGCGAGGGCAUUCCGAUGGAAGCGUGA